AUGGCUAUCGGCUGGGCGCCUUCAACUUCUGCGCAGGCAAUUUCACAAUAUGACGCUUCACCGUCAGUAUCAGAUAGCCAGUCUAGUUGGGAUGCUCUGGGGGGUCUGUAUGCACUUCUGGCGCAGCACGACGCCUUAGGAGGUCAUGCGCUUGCGCGUAAAUCCGUGCGGUCACCGUCUCGCCGUCUGCGCUUCGGCCGUCGUUCAGACCCUGAUAUGCCACCUCAAGCACCUUUAGAUGAAUUGGAUGAACUUCUGUCUCUGCGCGAUGUUCGCACUCCCGUCCGCCUCCGUUUCGGUCGCAGAUCAGAUGAACGAGCUGUUCCACACAUUUUCCCUCAAGAGGACCAAGAGCGUGCAGUGCGGGCGCCCUCUAUGCGACUUCGCUUCGGUCGACGAUCCGAUAACAACAUGUUCUUACUUCCGUUUGAGUCAGCCAUACCCAAAGAAGUGAAAGCGAGUAGCUCAGUUGAAGACGAAAGGCAACAAAACUAA